AUGAAAGUGGUUGUGCUUGCCCUGACUCUGGCCUUCGUGGCCGGACAAAGUCCAAAUUUUGCUCCUGAGUUUGCUGUUGGUAAAACCUACGUGUACAAGUAUGAGACAUUGCUCCUGGGGGGUCUCCCUGAUGAAGGUCUGGCGAGGGCUGGACUCAACAUCUCCAGCAAAGUUCUCAUCAGAGCAGUGUCUGAAAAUACUUACCUGAUGAAGUUUGCGGAACCUGAGCUCUAUGAGUACAGUGGUGUUUGGCCAAAGGAUCCUCUAACUCCAUCGAGCAAGCUAAAGGCAGCCCUGGCACCUCAGCUCACAAUUCCCAUCAAGUUUCAAUACACCAAUGGUAUUGUGGGACAGAUUGAGGCCCCGGAAGGAGUCUCAACUUUGGUGCUGAACAUCUACAGAGGCAUCCUGAACAUCCUUCAGCUCAACAUCAAGAAGACACACAAUGUCUACGAUCUGCAGGAGGCCGGAACUCAGGGUGUGUGCAAGACCCUCUACUCCAUCAAUGAAGAUCUAAAGGCUGAACGUAUCCUCCUGACCAAGACCAGGGACUUGAACCACUGCCAGGAAGAGGUCAUUAAAAACAUCGGGUUGGCAUACACCGAGACAUGCGACAAAUGCCAGAAGGAAUCCAAAAACCUUAGAGGUACAACAUCAUUCAGUUACACCUUGAAACCAUCUCCAAGCGGCACCAUGAUCAUGAAGGCAGCUGUCAGUGAGCUGAUCCAAUUCUUACCUCUCUCUGAGGUCCAUGGAGCUGUUCAAAUGGAAACCAAGCAGAGACUGGUGUUCCUUGAGAUUGAAAAAGACCCUAUUCCAUCCAUCUCAGCUCAGUAUACUCCCCGUGGAUCUAUCAAGUACGAGUUCUCCACCGAACUUCUUCAGACACCCCUUCAGCUUAUCAAGAUCAGUAACUUACAGGCCCAGGUUGUCGAGAUUCUGAAUCACCUGGUUUCAAACAAUGUUGAGAAGGUCCAUGAGGAAGCCCCUAUGAAGUUUUUGGAAUUGAUUCAGCUCUUACGUACAGCUCGCUAUGAAGACCUGGAAAUGUUCUGGGGCCAGAACAAAAAGAUAUCUACCCACAGACACUGGUUUUUGGAUGCAAUCCCUGCCACUGGAACUCCUGCUGUUCUUAGGUUUAUCAAGGAGAAAUUCUUGGCUGAUGACUUGAGUCUUGUUGAGGCAUCUCAGGCUUUGGUUGCAGCUGUUCACAUGGUGUCAGCAAACCUUGAAACCAUCAAGCUGGUAGAGACCCUGUCACUGGAACCCAAAAUAUUGGAAAACCCAAUUCUGCGUGAGAUUGUCCUCCUCGGCUAUGGUACAAUGAUUUCCAAAUACUGCGCUGAAACACCUGCCUGUCCUGUUGAACUUGUAAAGCCCAUCCAGGACCGUCUUUCCGAGGCUGUUUCUAAGAGAGAGAUAGAGAACAUCAUCUUGUUUGUUAAGAUUUUGGCAAAUGCUGGACAUCCUUCAAGUCUCAAGUCAAUCACGAAGAUCAUACCCAUACAUGGCACUACUGCUGUAACUCUGCCACUAAGAGUCCAUGUUGAAGCCAUCCUGGCCCUCAGGAACAUUGCAAAGAAAGAGCCCAGAAGGGUUCAGGAAUUAGCUCUUCAGCUCUACAUGGACAAGACUCUUCACCCAGAACUUCGCAUGCUUUCAUGCAUUGUCCUGUUUGAGACAAGUCCUAGUAUGGGAUUGGUGACAACUGUUGCCAACAUUGUGAAGACAGAGAAGAAUUUGCAAGUGGCCAGCUUCACUUACUCUCACAUGAAGUCUCUGAGCAGGAGCCCCUCCAUCAUCCAUCCUUCACUUGCUGCAGCUUGCAGUGUGGCCAUGAAAGUCUUGGGUCCAAAGUUGGACAGACUGAGCAUGCGUUUCAGCAGAGCAGUCCAUGUCGACCUCUAUGACAGUUCCUUGAUGCUUGGUGCGGCUGCCACUGCUUUCUACAUCAAUGAUGCUGCCACCCUUCUUCCACGAUCUGUUGUUGCUAAGACCAGAGCCUUCCUUGCUGGAGCUGCAGCUGAUGUUCUGGAGAUUGGAGUGAGAACUGACGGCCUCCAAGAGGCUCUUCUGAAAAACCCAUCAAUCACUGAGAGAACUGACAGGAUCACCAAGAUGAAGCGUAUCCUUAAGGCUCUGUCUCAGUGGAGGUCUCUGCCCACCGACAAACCCCUGGCUUCCUUGUAUGUCAAGUUGUUUGGACAAGAAAUUGCCUUUGCAAACAUCGACAAAACUUUGAUUCAAGAAGCUAUUACGUAUGCCAGUGGACCUUCUAUUAAGAAAUACGGAAGAGAGGCUCUCGAGACUCUGCUGCUGUCCGGUGUCAGCUUGAGCUACGCCAAGCCUGUGCUGGCUGCUGAGGUGCGACGCAUCUUGCCUACGGCUGCUGGUCUUCCAUUGGAGCUCAGUCUGUACUCUACUGCUGUAGCUGCAGCUGUUGUCAAGAUCAAACCCACCACACAACCACCCCUGUCAGAAGGUUUCCCCAUCGUGAGCCUUCUGGAGACUGACAUUCAGCUUGAGACUGAAGUCGAACCAAGUGUUGCAAUGAAUACCUUUGCUGUGAUGGGAAUUAACACCCCCAUUAUCCAGGCAACCAUGGUAUCAAGAGUUAAGCUCAACUCUAUUGUUCCAUCCAAAAUUGCUGCAAGACUUGACAUCAAGGAGGGUGACUUUAAGAUCGAAGUUCUUCCAGUUUCUGUACCUGAAAACAUUACAUCCCUGAAUGUUGAGACCUUUGCUGUGGUGAGAAAUAUCGAGGAUCUUGCUUCUGAAAAGAUCACUCCCAUCAUUCCCUUGCGAUCUGUUUCAAGCGAGAUUCUGUCAUCUGUCUCAUCUAUUACAUCAAUAUCUGAAGAGGCCAUUUCCAUGGAAGUAGAAGAUGCCAAGCUUACGGAAAACAAAAUCCGUCUCCUUUCAAAGAGAUAUUGUGCUCAGUAUGUUGGUAUUGGACUCAAGGCCUGUAUCAAAGUUGCCACCAAAAAUGCUGGAUCUAUCCGGGACAUUGCCCUGUACAAACUGGCAGGAAGUCACCAUGCUUCUUUAUCCAUCACACCAAUUGAAGGUGAAGCCGUUGAGAAACUUCAGAUGGAAGUCAGGGUUGGAGUAAAGGCUGCAGAGAAGCUCAUUAGACAGAUCAACCUGAGUGAAGAGAUCAUUGAGGAAACACCAGUCUUGAUGAAGCUCAACAAAAUCCUGGCUUCCAGCCGCAAGUCCUCCUUAUCUGGCUCAAGCAGCUCUUCCUCCUCCAUCGCUUCCAGCUCCUCAUCUCGCUCCAGCAGCAGCGGCAGCAUAAACAGCUCUUCCAGACGUUCUUCCAAAUCCAGCUCUGCAUCAACCCUUACAUCACUCUUCAGUGCUGGCUCAAGUUCCUCUAGCUCCAGCAUUCAUCGUUCAAGGCAGAUAAGUCACAGGUUUGAGAAGGAUCACAAGAAGGCUGUCAACUCUGCAAUGUAUUCCAAGAGCAAGAGUAGUGACUCAAGCUUUGAGGCCAUUUACAGACAGAACAAAUUCCUCGGUAAUGAGGCUGCCACCGUUGUCGCCAUCUUCCAAGCUGUUAGAGCUGAUAAGAAGCUGCAGGGAUACCAACUCUCUGCCUACCUUGACAAACCAAGUGCCAGACUUCAGAUCGUUUUCGCUCCUCUGUCUACUGAGUACAACUGGAAGAUCUGUGUUGAUGGAGUUGUGCUAAGCAAACACAAAGUCACAGCUAAGAUCUCCUGGGGAGCAAACUGCAAGGAAUACAGCACCAUGAUUUCUGGAGAAACUGGUCUUGUUGAAUCAAGCCCUGCAGCUCGCCUCAGAAUGUCCUGGGAAAGACUGCCCUCUUCCCUUAGACGCUACGGAGAAAUGGUGUAUAAGUACGUUCCUGCUAAAAUGCUGGCUGACUUGAUCAAGGGAAAGAACAGCACCAGACAACUCUCAUUCACUGUGAUUGCAGCGUCUGAAAAGGCCCUUAACUUCACUGCAAGAUUACCAGUGCGUACAGUCUACAACAUGACUUUGAGUCUUCCCGUCACUCUGCCUCUGAAAGAGAUCAAAACUUUCACCCCCUUUGAUGAAGUCAUUGACAAGGCCCACUACGUUUUUGCCAAGGCUGUCGCAACUCAAUGUAGAUCAGUCGAGGACACAUUGAUUACAUUCAACAACAGGUCAUACACGAGGGACAUGCCCCAGUCUUGCUACCAGGUCUUAGCGCAGGAUUGCACCGAAGAGCUGAAGUUCAUGGUUCUGCUGAUGAAGGACUCCACUGGACAAAGCCAUAUCAAUGUCAAAAUUGCUAACAUCGAUAUUGAUCUCUUCUCCAAGAUUGAAGUGGCUGUGAAGGUCAAUGGAAGGGAAACCACACUCCCAUACGACCAUCCAACAGACGGCAUUGUGAUCAGAAAAACUGGAGAAGGCAUUUCUGUCUAUGCACCUAGCCACGGACUUCAAGAGGUUUAUGUUGACCAGAAGUCAUACACGAUUAAAGUUGUGGACUGGAUGAAAGGCAAGACCUGUGGACUCUGUGGAAAGGCUGAUGGGGAGAUCAGAGAGGAGUAUCGCACACCUAAUGGACGGGUCAGCAAGAAUGCAGUCAGCUUUGCUCAUUCCUGGACUCUUUCUGCAGAGAGCUGCAGGGACAACAGUGAGUGCCGUCUGAAGCUUGAAUCUGUGCAGCUUGAGAAGCAGGUGAACAUUGAAGGGGAGAACUCCAGAUGCUUCUCUGUUGAGCCUGUGCUGCGCUGUCUGCCUGGCUGCUUCCCAGUCAAGACCACCCCAGUCACUGUUGGCUUCAACUGUAUGCCCUCUGAUUCUGCUCCUGAGCGCACGAGCAGCAUCUUUGACAGCAGCGUGGAUCUGAGGGAAACUACAGAGGCUCACCUGGCCUGUAGCUGCACUGCUCAGUGUGCUUGAGAACAACACUGUCUGUCACUGCUAUCAUGUGUAUGUUUGUAACUGUAACUUUAAAUAAAGAACAUCU